UUGGGUUUCCCUCCAUUUGCUCACUCGCAUCUUCCUCUUCUCGACAGUAAAUACCCUAUGGCUACUUUCUCUUUAUUUCGCCGCUUACCCAAAUCAAAAACUCGCUCUUCUUCUCUUUUGAGCUUCACUAGAAGCUUCAUCUCACCCUCCUCUCCAUCCAAGACUUGCUCCCAUCUCUUUCAAGUGAGAUCGUAUGCUAGUCCUUCAGAAGCCAGUUCGCAGUUUAAUAUAAUGGUUGAUGGUACCCCAAGAAAGUAUUACAUGCUGGGAGGAAAGGGUGGGGUAGGUAAAACAAGCUGUGCUGCAUCCCUUGCAGUGAAGUUUGCUAGCCAUGGCCAUCCCACAAUUGUAGUUUCUACUGAUCCUGCUCACUCACUAAGUGAUUCUUUUGAUCAGGAUUUGGCUGGAGGGAAGCUUGUUGCAGUUCAAGGAUUAGAUUCUCCACUAUAUGCACUAGAGAUCAAUCCCGAAGUCUCUAGAGAAGAAUUUCGAAGCGCCACUCAGAAUCAUGGUGACACUAGCAUGAAAAAUUUGAUGGAUAGCAUGGGGCUUGGAAAGCUUGGUGAGCAGCUGGGGGACCUGAAACUAGGAGAGCUUUUGGAUACACCUCCGCCAGGUCUUGAUGAGGCUCUUGCAAUCUUCAAGGUUAUGCAAUUUGUUGAUUCACAAGAAUAUAGCAAGUUCACGCGGAUUGUUUUUGAUACAGCUCCAACGGGACAUACUCUGCGUCUUUUAUCCCUGCCUGAUUUUCUGGAUGCUUCCAUUGGGAAGAUGAUGAAGCUAAAGAAGAAAAUAAAUUCAGCAACUUCAGCCAUCAAGUCUUUUCUGGGGAAAUCAGAGCCGCAGCAGGAUGCUAGUGACAAAUUGGAGCAACUAAGGGAAAGGAUGGUAAAAGUUAGAGAGCUUUUCCGUAACACAGAAACCACAGAAUUUGUCAUAGUGACAAUACCAACUGUUAUGGCAGUUAGUGAGUCUUCACGAUUACAUUCAUCUUUGAAGAAGGAAAAAGUUCCAGUUCAAAGGCUUAUUGUUAAUCAGAUAUUACCUCCAUCAGCCACAGACUGCAAAUUUUGUGCAACUAGAAGGAAGGACCAGAUGCGUGCACUUGAUAUGAUCAGAAAAGAUCCAGAAUUAGCAAGUUUAAUGGUGAUGCAGGCAGAGCUAACUGAUGUAGAGAUAAGGGGUGUUCCUGCUCUUAAAUUCUUCGGGGACAUGAUCUGGAGAUAAUGAUACAAUCAGUGCUAAUUCACACAAAUGUUUUGAAGAAAUAUAGAAGUAGUUUCAAGUUGUAGCUUAUAGCUGAUUAAGAUCUGGGAAAUCAAACACAAACACGAAACCCAUGGGUUUGAAAUUUAGAGGUUUGGAAAGAACAAAUACCGGGGCAGGACUGCAGGAGUAUUAGGUUUUAGCUGUUAUAACUAUUAUGUACACUGUGGCAAUUGAUAGUUAAUGUGAAACUUAAUCCCCUGUUUUUGUCUCAUCGGGGACAAUUUCUUUUGGUAUAUAAUGAGCUUCCUGGA